GGAGCCGGGGGUCGCUGCACCGCGCUGUACCGCACUGUACCGCGCUGUACCGCACGGCUGCUCGGGCUUCUUUCUCUGUGCGUGCUGAUGAUGGCGCGCGCCUGCGCUCGCGGCUGACCGGGGUUCGAGCGGCUCGCGCCGCGCUCACACACGCAGCUUUAGGCUUAGGGAAUCGAGCGAUCGCGCGUCGACUCCGUCGGUUCCGGCCGCCGCCGCGCGCUCUGACGGCUCCGCUCUUUAAAUUGUUUUGUUUGUUAUUUUUCCAAACUGAUACACAGAGAGAGCGUGUGUGUGAGUUGAGAUCUGCCGCUCUGUUGCCCCGCGGGUAGGACUUGUGCUCCGCCCCCCAGGGACUGCCGAGGAAUAAAACGCGCACACACACACACACACACACACACACACACACACAACCAAAACAAGGCAACGUGCUGCGCUUCGCGAUUCCAUCUGCAACUCAUGUGGACGCGCGCCGCCGAGCCCCGUCCCGCGCGCCCUCGACUCGUCCCCGCCUCGUGUUGAGAGACCGAGCAGCCGGCGGCGGAGUUCGCGAGGAGCGUCUCGGGAGGGACGCGAAGCUCUGGGCUCGCAUCGGUCCGGCGGAUGGACUUACUCCGCGCGCGCGCGCGCACCGCACGUUCGCCGCAGCGCAGCCCGCGCCACACGCUCCGCACGCGCCACACGAGUGACUGAUGGCUUCGCUGUACCAGCGCUUCACCGGGAAGAUCAACACGAGCCGCUCGUUCCCGGCGCCGCCCGAAGCCAGCCACCUGCUGGGCGGACAGAGGGGCGUGGAGGAGGGGGCGAGGAAGACCCCGCGCGGGCCCCAGGAGCCUCGGACCCGCGCACACCGCCGGGACCGGAGCGAGGACGAGGAUGAGCUGGUAGGGAGCAACCCCCCUCAGAGGAACUGGAAGGGAAUCGCUAUCGCCCUUCUUGUCAUCCUGGUCAUCUGCUCCCUGAUAGUCACCUCUGUCAUCCUCCUCACACCAGGUGAGGACAACAGCCUUGCUCUUAAGGAGAAGGUGACCGUGGAGGAUAUCUUCAGGAAGGACUUCAAGAUCCACGACCCAGAGGCCAAGUGGAUUAGCGGAAAUGAACUGCUGUACCGCACACGAGAAGGUGAUGUGGUCAGAUAUAACGUCGAGACCAAAGAGAGGACGGUUUUGGUCGAGAACAAAAAGUUUGAAAUGUACAAAGCCAGCAAGUACCAAGUCUCCCCUGAUAUGAAACAUGUGCUGCUCGCCUACAACGUCGCACCUGUGUAUCAGCACUCAUUUACAGCCUUCUACAUUAUAUGCAGCUUGGUGACUCCGGAGACCUGGAAUCUGAACCCCCCAGAAGUGCGCAAUGCCCACCUGCAGUAUGCUGGAUGGGGGCCUCAAGGCCAGCAGCUGAUUUUCAUAUUUGAGAACAAUAUCUACUACCGAGCCACAGUGGAGAGCCGAACGAUACGCCUGGUUUCUUCAGGAAAGGAAGGUGUCAUAUUUAAUGGGCUGAGCGACUGGCUGUAUGAAGAGGAGAUAUUCCAAACCCACAUCGCCCACUGGUGGUCAUCGGAUGGCGCCAGGUUAGCGUAUGCUACCAUCAAUGACACCCUGGUGCCCCAGAUGGAGAUUCCCAUGUUCACGGGGUCCGCCUACCCCACCGGGAAGGAGUACCAUUACCCGAAAGCGGGGGAGGAGAAUCCCAUGAUCUACCUGUAUGUGGUGAACCUCAAUGGCCCCCUGCACACCAUGGAGAUGAGACGCCCAGAAGACCCCCGCAUUGGGGAGUACUACAUCACCAUGGUCAAGUGGGCCACCAGUACCAAGCUGGCUGUUAACUGGCUGAACCGGGCCCAGAACAUCUCCAUCCUGACCCUAUGUGAGGCCACCACUGGGGUGUGCACCAAGAAACAUGAAGACGAAAGUGAAGGCUGGCUGCACAGGCAGAAUGAGGCCCCCUUGUUUUCCAAAGAUGGGCAGAAGAUGUUCUUCACAAGAGCUGUGUUCCAGGGUGGAAUGGGCAAGUUCUUCCACAUCGCCAUGUCCUCCUCACGGCCAAACGCGAGCACCGACAAUCUCCAGUUCAUCACCUCCGGCGACUGGGAUGUGACCGAGGUCUUGGCCUACAACGAAGAUAAACAGCUGAUAUACUUUCUGAGCGCCGAAGACGACCCCAAACGACGGCAUCUCUACAGCGCCUACACUGUCGGCCACUUCAACCGGCGCUGCCUGUCCUGCGACACCCGCUCCGGUGACGAGUGUGGAUACGCCAGCGGCUCCUUCAGUCUGGACAUGCACUACUUCCUCCUCAACUGCAAAGGUCCUGGAGUUCCCUUUGUUGCCGUGUACAGCACCGACGAAAUGGAGAAGGUCUUUGAUCUGGAGAUGAACGAGGACCUGAACAGGAGGUUGGAGGCCAUGCAGAUGCCCAUAGUGGAGUACAACAAGAUAAACCUUGAGGAUUACGCUCUGACCAUGCAGAUCCUCAAACCAGCUGGCUUCCUGUACACGGCGCACUACCCGCUGCUCCUGCUGGUGGAUGGCACCCCCGGGGGGCAGAUGGUCACAGAGCAGUUCCAGAUGGACUGGGCCACAGUCCUGGUCAGCAGCUUUGGCACCGUGGUAGUGCGCUUCGAUGGGCGGGGCAGCGGCUUCCAGGGGACCUACCUGCUCCACAAGGUGCAGCGGAGGCUUGGCGUGUUUGAGGAGAAGGACCAGAUGGAGGCACUCAACAUCAUCGCGAAAGAGCCGUACAUUGACAAGACGCGCAUUGGCGUUUAUGGAAAGGUGUACGGAGGAUAUUUAAGCAGUCUCCUCCUCAGUGCUGAUGACUCUCUGCUCAAGUGCGGCGCAGCCUUCUCCCCCAUCACAGACUUCGAAUUAUACGCUUCUGCUUUUUCAGAAAGGUACUUAGGAUCACCAAAGACAGAGUCAAGGGCGUACGGGAUGGCAAAUUUAGCUCAUCGUGCAUCCAAGCUCACGGACAAGAAGUAUCUGAUCAUUCAUCCCACAGCCGAUGAGAAAGUGCACUUCCAGCACACGGCCAAGUUCAUCAGCCACCUGAUCAAUGAAAGGGCAAACUACACUCUACAGAUCUACCCAGAUGAGGGGCAUUUCCUGCACAGCAGGGCCACCAGACAGCACCUGAGCCAGUCGCUGGUGAACUUUUUUGAGGAGUGCUUCAGGCUACCGGACCAGGCCUUCGAGGAGAGACUAGAAGAGGAGAGCGAGGAGGAGGGUUAGCCGUUGGCAGGGUGCCGAGGCGAGCCAAGCACUCGAUAUGCAACCUCGCGGUUUUCCCUUUCUCAUCUGACUCCGCUCCUCAAGAGUGUCCCGUUAGCAUGCACCCGAGACCACGGCCGCCUCACAGCGGCCUGCCUUGCUCCUCCUCCUCCUCCUCCUCCUCCUCCUCAUCAUCAUCAUCUUCCUCCUGUACAACCUUCAGCUAACCAUAAAAGGAACCUCCCACCGUCCAAUCGAUGAUGACGACAGACUUUGAAAGAGCAGAAGCGGCAGCAUCGAUUACAGUUGCAUUAUGGUCCAUCGCCGUCUCCCUGCAGCAUCAGUUACCAUUGGAGCCACUGGGGUCUCGUCGCUGUGGUCCUCAGAUCCACCUGCCCGUUUUGGACCAUCCCCUGGCCCUAUAUCCCAUCCCCCGUGCGCUUUGGAGAGUCAGCUCGGUGAAAGAAGGUUUUAUAGCACAAACUUUUGGGUUGAAUGUCCUGCCUCUUCUUGUAGGAGUGUUCAAGGGUUAAGGGGGGGGGGGGCUUUUACAUUGUUGGGUGGUACUAUUUUUAUUUUGUGAAGACCUUUCCACCUCCAACUGUGCUUGUGUCCAUUGUUAACGUGUAAAGUAGCACACAAAAUAUUGUUGAUGUCUCACUGGGGUAUCAACUACUUGUUUUUCAGUGUUUUCAGGUUUGUCCUGAUCUUGUAGCUUCAAGCGUGGUGUUACGAGUGCAGAGCAGCCUGUUCCCGAAGAGUGGAAUCUCACACAGAGCCUACGACCGACUCGCUGGGCUUUGGCAACUUAUGGCGCGGUGUUUCUGGCCUCUUGCUGAAACUAAAGUAAACUAGUACUGGUGACUGUGCCUUAGGGGAGAGGAAGAGCACGACCCCCGUGACCUUUCCUUGGAGGAGCGGGCCUGCUUUCAGCUCCCUGCCAACUGACCGGAGCUCCGAGUUCCUUCUUGUUGAAGUGUUGCCAGUGUUACUCAUGAAGGUGUGUACACCUGCAGUCACACAGUACCAGGCGUGUAACUGAGCCAGCCGUGUCCCCCAACACACCUACACGGAGCUGUCAGUGGGACCAGGGAAGGAGGUCACUUUGUGGCAGUCACUGGUCAGUUUCAGCCAAACAAAUGACUGCUUAUCGUAACAGAGUUCUUGAGGCACAAGUCUUGAUUUUUUUUGUUUUAAAACCUUGAAUGUGUGUUCCUGUUGCGUUUCAAGUGCAUGUCUGCAACCAUUUGCAACUUAAAGUGCUUUUCUUCUUUUGCAGUAGUUUGGUUUGAGUAGUACUUCUGACAGAAUGAAUGUUCCUCGCUGAGCUGCGUCUCCUUUCAGUAGUGUAAGUGAAAACCGCGUCCUGUCCGCUUGUUGUAUAAAUGUUGCUCCGCAUCAUUUUAGUCCCUUAAUAUCUUAAGUGUUACUUGUAUAUAAAGCCUUUUGAACAAUACAUUUUGAGUAUUUUCAGUUCUCUGGUUUCGUUAGUUGUGGUGGUAUGCUAAUGUGCUUCAAAGUACACUUUGGCAUAAAACGCUGUCCAGGAACUGAAAGUGUGUUUGUUGGGUGAGAUUUCAUGACAGCGCAUUCCACUUUGAGACAAAGGUGUUGAAGGAAAAAAGAAAACCCAGGAUGUGGCAUGAAGGAUAUGUUGAAAGAAUAAAAGAUAUUUUACCAUCACAGAUCAUGUUGUUGCUUGGCUGCAGCAAUGGAGCAAGAGAAGGUCCCCAGCAAAAUGUUUUACACA